CUUCUCUUCAAAUCAUCAAGUCGCAGUUCUAGCAGCUCUAGCAGUUCUUUACUAUUUCACACUUUGUUCAAAGUCUUUUUUUACACUAAUACCACUAAAUCUUUCAAGAUGCAUUAUUCUCAGCUCAUCCUCUCGCUCUUUUGCGUCUUCACCUUCGUCAACGCUCUGCCUGUGCCGGCACAGGGAGAAGCGGUCGUCGCGCGAGCCACCAAAAAGGGGAACACAAAGGCUGAGACCGCUGGUAUCAAGCAGAACAUAAAUAUUCAAAAGGAAGAGAAGAAGGACGCCAAGGGUGUGGCCAAGGCUAAAAACCCUAAUGAAUUCAAGAAGGCCAAGGGCGAGCUCGUCAACACCAUUGAGGACGGAAAGAAAGUCCGCGAGAAGAACCAAAAGAACGCUGAUCCGAAAAACAAAAAGCUCAAUGAUGGUCUGAAAAAGGUCCAAGGCGCGCAGGCCGUAGAGGAAAAGCAAGCCAAGGGCCUGAAGGGGAACACCUCUAAGGCUGAUAAAGCUACCCUCAAGACUCUUCAGGGCGAGUUUAGCAAGGGUAUUGAUGUGAACAAGGGCAACUUGAAGGCUGCAAAGGAGGGUAGCAAGAAGACGAACACGGGCAAGAAGGGCAACUAAAUGUGCAAGGGCCAUAAUGUGACAAGUCUUACAUGGAAUCUUUGUAUUGAAUGAUGAUAGUUCCGACAAUAUCGAAUCAAGACCCGUAGAACUGAUUGCCAC